GGGGAGGGGGAGUUGCCUUCAGCUGUUUUAAUUCGGUAACAGGCGCUUUGGGGCAGGAAUUGUCCCCCUCUGUGAGCCUGUCUGUGCGUGAGGUGUGAUAAGCAGGCCCCAAUUUUGAGUUCAUAAAGGGGUGGAGUAUGUUGUUAAGUAACUUAAUUGAAGUCGGCACCAAAUGAUUAUUUUUUAAAAAUUUUAUAAAACCUAACUCGGCAAGUGUCUCUGGAAAUAUUCCACUAGUUCUUCAGCUGACGUUCCACGGUACCACUUAAAUCCUAAACAAUAGAGGUCAGCCUGACUGCGUUGUCCAUACAGAGACGUAAUAAAUGUAACCAGAUCACAAAUAGUAUUGCAUAGCUAAAAGUCUUCUAAAUCCAAUUAGAACUGUUAAGUAAGGAUUGUUUUGUUUUUAAUCUAUUAUCCUUGAAUUGCUUGGCUUACAUGUUUCUCACUGAAUGUACAAACCAUUAGCUUAAAAGGGUUUGGAAUUGCGAUAGCUGCAAGCUGGAGGCAAACCCUUUUUAAGUGGUUUUAUUAUAGACUGUUUGCUUCACCCGCAAAAAAGGAGGUGGCUGUUGUAAACACCCUGUAGGACAAGUUUGUGUCAUGCUGUUUUGUAGCAUGUGACGGUAGGGUUCCUGGGACUCUGUCCUAUCCUGUUUCAGGUCUAGCAGUUCAGUACUUCCAGCAAAUAUUGCCUUCUUUUUAUUUCAUUCUUAACUUACAGGUGGAAAUCAAACUAAACCAAAUACAGGUUCUGAACAGGAAAGAAAUUUCUUACAAAAAGUAAAGUAAGUAAAUAUCUACACAAGAAAGAGAGUGCUGUCGCUGGAUUAUCUCAUAGGUGUCGUGAGUGAUCUGUUUGUUCUGAAAGUUGGUGUGGUGCAACAAUUCUUCUGGUUCAGUGCAGUGACAUGUGAGACCAGUCCGUGGUGAAGCUUGGGUAGUAGCAGACUGUGCACUUAAAUCUUCCCUCCUCGCUGCACCAAUGUAAGCAAGGAGUGAUGUGGUUUGUCGAAAAGGUAAUCUUCUUGAAAAGAAGAGAAAAUAUGGCUUAUACAGUGGAUGAACCUUAAACUCCUGGACCAAAAACUGAGUUUUUUUUCAUGAAGGAUGGCAACACCAUAUGUUCCUGUUCCUAUUCCUAUUGGAAGUUCAUCAUCCAGCUUUACAAACAGAAACCAAAGAAGUUCUUCUUUUGGGAGCAUCUCAACAAGUUCCAGUUCCUCAAAAGGACAGCUGGAGGACUCCACAAUUGGUAGUUUUAAAAAGAUGAGCGUGCCUGACCAGAUUGGUUCUACAUCAUCUGUGUGUAGUAGUCCACUUGUUAGGACUAAGUUUACAGGGAUGGAUACAUCCAUAGAAUACUGUACACAGCCCGUAGAAGAAAUAGAGCAGAAUACAGAUUCCAGGAGCUGGGAAGAUCGACCGUCCACGCCUACUAUACUGGGUUAUGAGGUGAUGGAGGAAAGGGCAAAAUUCACUGUAUACAAAAUACUGGUAAAAAGAAGUCCAGAGGAAAGUUGGGUGGUUUUCAGACGGUACACCGACUUCUCCAGGCUUAAUGACAAGCUAAAAGAUAUGUUUCCGGGCUUUCGGUUGGCCCUUCCACCAAAGCGCUGGUUCAAGGAUAAUUAUAAUCCUGACUUCUUGGAAGAUCGACAGUUGGGACUACAAGCAUUCCUCCAGAACCUAGUAGCUCACAAAGACAUUGCUAAUUGCCUUGCAGUGAGGGAAUUUCUUUGUCUGGAUGAUCCUCCAGGUCCUUUUGACAGUCUAGAAGAAAGCAGGGCUUUCUGUGAAACUCUGGAGGAAACAAAUUACCGUCUACAAAAAGAACUGCUUGAAAAACAAAGGGAGGUUGAAUCGCUGAAGAAAUUGUUAAGUGAAAAGCAACUUCAUAUAGAUGCUAUUGAAAGAAGAAUUAGGGAUUUAUCUUUAGGAAAAAUGACUCGUCAAAUGUCAGGAGAAGAAAGUGAGUGCAGUGGUGAGGUGGAGUCUUCUGCAGUAGAAGCAGACCAGGGUACGCUGGGUGAGGACAGCUGCUCAGAUAAAGAGAACCAUGAGGCAUGCUGGAGUGGCUCUUUGGCUGAAAAUUCUGUACCAGAAAUUGAAGUCGCUGAAGUAGCGUAUACAGCUGAUGAAGAAUAGAUCGGUAGCAGCUGCUAUUACCUGGGAAAGGUUCAUGUUUGGGACAUACUCUGUGGGUAGGGGCAUAGAGUAGCUGUGAAGAAUUUACAGCAAGGAGCAAGAAUGCACAUAUUGAAUGUUUACAUAAAUCCUUUACAAAUUAUUAACGUAAGAAAUAUACCCAGUGCUGCUUUGAUUUCAGUUUUUAUCUAGCCUUUAUAUAUUUAAUAUAUUAAAGUUUAAUAAGGGCUAAAAUCAGCUGAAGUUUAGAUAGUGUACAUACACAAUUUGGCUGACUUUCCUAGCAGAGUGACGAAAGCUUCACAUUAAAUCACCAAACACAUUUAACUAGCAUGUCAUAUGUUGCCACUGAUGUGACACAUUUGAAGUGUUCAUCUGUUUGGUAUUUGUGUUUUCAUAUUCUUAUAGCCAUAAGUUAAUGCUUGUUGAAGUAAAAAUGGACUCAUCUUACAUUUCCUGAGAGUGUAGAAUGUGUUGUUUUUAAAUUAUAAAGCUGAAGAAUAUUCCUCUGGAAAUUUUAAUGCAAUGCAAUAGGAAAACUUACAGUACCAAGAGAAAAGUACUUACGCAAUGGGAUUGUAGUUGGACAUUUUAAAAAAAAAAAUGGUCAUUUUUGCUGAAGGAACUAAUAUGAGACCCCCAAAACACUGUGUAUUUUCAUCCCAAGAUAGCAUGCUGUAAUACUUUUUGUUCGGUAAUGCUGCUUUUAAAAUCUGGGAUACCUUUGCUAUAUACCCAUGUAACAAUAAAAAUUGGUGAGUUUGCCUUUUACUUGGAACACUACCUCUUACCAUCUUGCUAAUACAUUCAUGUUUGUUCAGAAAUAUUCCAGAUUAUAUGGACAUAAUUGUAAGACUUGUAAAGCCAUAUUUUUCCUGCACAGUUCAUAACUAGAUUGAAUCUAGUUGCAAUGUAUUUUUGUUUCAAUAUAUUGUAUACAUGGGGAUAUUGCUACAUAUGUUCUAUAGCCUAUUUUUCAAAAUGUAUUACGACAGGAGAUGCACUUUAUAAUUACGACUCCAUUGUGCCAAGUUCAGUUGGCUAAUUGGUUGAGAAAGGGGAGUUGCAGGGAGAUGAUUAUGUAGUGCCUUUUUGUAUUUUACUUGUUCAUUACUGCAGAAUUUUGCUACAGUGCUCUGUGUCAGCUCUGUGGAAUCUUUGAUGCAGCUUGUUUCUGUUCUUCACUUAUUUACUGGAAGUGCCUUGUUUUAUUCUGCUUUUCCAAUAGGAAGAAUGCUGUUUUGUUUUAAAUCUUUUUUUCGCCGUAUACCACCCACAUCGUUGUUUAAUGUUGUCAAUAUGCAGUGUCUUUGUGCUGGAGUUUUCAAAGGGAGCUUUGUACUUCAGGCUGUGCAUACAAUGACCUUUAUGCAGAACUGUAUAAACCUUCCUGGUGAAAUAAAACUAUGGACAAAACACCUGUCUUCUCUUCUCCGUUGUAGAAAAAAUGUUCAAUGCCUUGUCUAGUAAAAGGAUAAAAAUACUAUUAGAAAGAGACAUUUCUUACCUCAGUGAUUUCCUACAGUUACUCAGCUUUUGGUCUGAGUUCUGUUUGUACCAAAAAAUGUGUGCAUGAAAAUGAAUGAGAAUUCUGUAAUGAGAGACCAGAAAACUUACUGUACUUCUGCUGAAGAUUAAAAUAAAAAAAGGAACUGAUUUUUUUUUUAUAUUCUACAUGAAUCCUCAUAGAUGUUGAGUGAACUCAAUAAAGUUUUGACACCUUA